GUUGGGAAGUGUCGGAGUCGGUGCUCGGGGAAACUCCAUCUUCCUGGCUUUGGCUGCGGGGAGCUUGAUCUCUGCGUCCCCGGGACUCAGGGGCUAGAGGGGAGCGGGGAGGGUCCAGACUGGGGUCCUGCCCUCACCGCGACCAGGCCGGUCUCUGUCUCCGGCUCAGGGGCUAUUUCGAGUAAUCCUGGCCCAAAUUUGUACCUAUAACUGUACUUCUAGGACUAAUGAAGUCUUCCGUUUGUCUGUCAGGCCCUUAUGCUUCAAAGCCGGGACCAGACAUGACCUUUUUAAUGGUUUUCACCCUUAUUUUGACUUAACUUUAGCUUAUGUUGGGAAGAAGGAACGACUGUGUCUGGAGUAAUCUUGUCCCGUUAUUUAUAAGAAAUGUGGACUUUUUCACCCCUAAGACUGUGUUUUAGUUUGAGACUGAUACCAGUCGUUUUAAAGGUGUUCUUGUUUAAAAUCUGAAUAGAUUCUGUUUUCGUAAUUUUAUGGAUGGAGUGACAACUGACCUGUAAUCCAUACUUUUAAGUGAAUUGCUUUGCUGAGUGAUCGUCUUCAGUAUAGAUGACAUCUUUGCCACCUCUCUUUGCUGAUAAUAACUCCCGAUGUAUCAGUAGGUCGUUCAGUAUACAAAGUGCCCUUCAGAUCUUAAAGAGCAGAGAGAACAAAUUAGGUAAGCGGAACAGCCAGCCUCCAGGGACUCGGAGUUCGGAUGAUAAUGACGGAAUCCAAAGAAGUUAUAGACUUAGAUCCUCCAGCUGCAACUUCACGGGAGCAGGAAGACCUUCUUAUAGUGAAGGUGGAAGAAGAAGACUGCACCUGGAUGCAGGCGUACAACCGGCCAAUGUUUGAGACUUUUUACCAGCGUUUCAAGCAUUUCCAGUAUCAUGAGGCGCCGGGACCUCGGGAGGCUCUCAGUCAGCUCCGCGUGCUCUGUUGUGAGUGGUUGAGGCCCGAGCUGCACACCAAGGAGCAGAUCCUGGAGCUGCUGGUGCUGGAGCAGUUUCUGACCAUCCUGCCCGAAGAGUUCCAAGCCUGGGUGAGAGAACAUCACCCUGAGAGCGGAGAAGAGGCGGUGGCGGUGAUAGAAAGCAUCCAAAGAGAACUGGAGGAACGCAGACAACAGAUUGUCACGUGUCCUGACACUCUUCUUCAGAAGAUGGUACCACCUGGAGCCACGCAGGAGUCCUUCGGUCACCAGUUUCUGCCAGUGGAGACCCAGCCUGAUCAAGAGUCACAGAAGUCUCAUCUGGAGGAAAAUGCCCUUCCUGUUCUCCAAGUUCCUUCCCUUCCCUUGAAGGACAGCCAGGAAUUGACAGCCUCACUCCUCUCAACUGGGUCCCAGAAGUUGGUGAAAAUUGAAGAUGUGGCUGAUGUAGCUGUGUCCUUCAUCCUGGAGGAAUGGGGACAUUUGGACCAGUCCCAGAAGUCUCUUUAUAGGGAUGGCAGGAAGGAGAACUAUGGGAGUAUUACUUCCAUGGAUUAUGAGUCCAGCGACAACAACUUGGAGCUCAUAGUAAAGCAGAUUUCUGAGGAAGCUGACUCGCAGUGGAUGGCAGCCGGAAGCACAGAAAGGAAUGGUCCCCAGAACCAAGUGUUUCCAGAAGUCAGUGACCGGAAGGGCGUGGUGCAAAGGUGGCAAGUGAAUCCCACCGUGGGGAAGUCAAGGCAGAAAAGAGAGCUCUGCACAGGCACAGAUAUGAACCAGAAGCAGAACUCAAAUAGCCAGAGAGGUCACAGAUGUGGUGACUGUGGGAAGUUUUUCCUUCAAGCCUCAAACUUCAUCCAGCAUCGGCGAAUCCACACGGGAGAGAAACCAUUUAAGUGUGGGGAGUGUGGGAAAAGCUACAACCAGCGUGUGCACCUCACUCAGCACCAGAGAGUCCACACCGGUGAGAAGCCCUAUAAGUGCCAGGUGUGUGGGAAAGCUUUCCGUGUGAGCUCCCACCUCGUGCAGCACCACAGCGUCCACAGUGGCGAGAGGCCCUACGGCUGUAAUGAGUGUGGGAAAAGCUUUGGCCGCCAUUCUCACCUCAUCGAGCACCUGAAGCGCCACUUCAGAGAGAAAUCCCAAAGAUGUAAUGACAAAAGAAGUAAGAACACUAAAUUGAAUGUUAAGAAGAAAAUUUCAGAAUUUUCAGAAGCAGACAAGGAACUAUUAGAAAAAAUCCAGAGAACUGCUUCUCAGGUUCAAAGUCAUGGAGAAGGCUCUGACCACCAAGACAAGGAGGAUAGACAGCAGGGAAUUGUCAUGAAAGAGUUACUAGGACAGCCCUCUUCAAGGAGGAUGAAUUGCCAUGAAGUCACCUGUGUCCCUAAAAAAUCCUCCCCAGGAGAGAGGCCACACAAGUGCAGUGAAUGUGGGAAAAGCUUCAUUCAGAGUGCUCACCUCAUUCAGCAUCAGCGAAUCCACACUGGAGAGAAACCAUUUAGGUGUGACGAGUGUGGGAAAAGCUACAACCAGCGUGUGCACCUCACUCAACAUCAGCGAGUCCACACAGGUGAAAAACCCUACACCUGUCACUUAUGUGGGAAAGCCUUCCGAGUGAGGUCCCAUCUUGUUCAACAUCAGAGUGUGCACAGUGGGGAGCGGCCCUUCAAGUGUGAUGAAUGUGGGAAAGGCUUUGGGCGACGCUCACACCUUGCUGGUCACCUCCGACUCCACUCGAGAGAAAAGUCUCACCAGUGCCGUGAGUGUGGAGAAAUCUUCUUCCAAUAUGUCAGCCUCGUUGAACACCAAGUGCUCCAUGUGGGACAGAAAAGCGAGAAAAAUGGUAUUCGAGAGGAAGCCUACAGCUGGAACUUGACAGUGAUUGAAGAUAAGAAGAUGGAGUUACAAGAGCAGCCUUACCAGUGUGAUAUCUGUGGGAAAGCCUUCAGUUACAGUUCAGACCUUAUUCAGCAUUACAGAGCUCACACUGCAGAGACACCCCAUAAAUGUGAUAUAUGUAGAGACAGUAGUGGCCAGUGUCCCCACACAAAACAGCAGAAGAAAGCCUAUCACCAGUGUAAUGAAUGUGGACGGGGCUUUACACUGAAGUCUCACCUUAACCAACAUCAGAGAAUCCACACUGGUGAGAAGUCCUUCCAAUGUAAAGAAUGUGGAAUGAGUUUCAGUUGGAGCUGUAGCCUCUUUAAACAUCUGAGAAACCAUGAGAGGACAGAUCCCAUAAACACCUUAAGUGUAUAGAUGUUUCUGUUGGAACACAGCCCAGCUUUAGAGAAGCCUUCCUGAAGAGAAACUCCUAUCAUACAUGUAACAACGACAACAUCAAGAAUGUUUCCAACUUAACUGUCAAAGCUGCAGGUGUAGUGAGAUCCUGUAGUUAGAACUCGGCCUUCAGGAACAGCAGAGCAUCCACAGAUGUGCUUUGGUUGGCAUCUUUGUGCUUGGAAAUCUAGAUGAAGGAAGAACCUCUGGCCAGGCAUGGCGACACACACCUUUAAUCCCACCAUUUGGAGGGCAGAGGCAGGCUUAUCUCUAUGAGGCCUUGACCAACAUCAGAGCUUGAGCUAUAUAGCAAGCUCCAGGCCAGCCAGGGCUACACAGUGAGACUCUGUCUCAAAAGAUAGAUAGAUGAGAGAGGGAGAGAGAGAGAGAGGGAGAGAGAGAGAGAGAGAGAGAGAGAGAGAGAGAGAGUAUGAUAAAUGAAGGGAAGUCUUGAGAUGAUACAGUUUAUUUGAAACUCAGAAAAUUGACAGGAAUGCCUUGUGAGUACAGUAGACAAGCUUUAUAGUUCCUGCCUUGUUUGACAGCAUAUCUAUUCAGGGAAGUGUGCAGUGAAAGAAAGGACUCUUCAGCAUGACACCCAUUUUGGUACCUCAGCAAUGAACCUUUUCUAGAAAUGAUUAUCCCAACCACUAGAGUACUCUAGUUAUUGUUCCCAUCUUGCGUAUUAAACCUUUUGAAAAGAAGUUGACUUGAGUUAUCUUUGUUUUGGCAAAAUUAGGCUUCAAAGGGGCU